AAGGAGGCUGACGCCGCCUUUGAAGCAGUUCUCGCUGCGCAGAGUGCAGCGGACAAGGCCGCCGCGCCGGCGGGGCCGGGCCCUGCAGCAGCUGCAACCCCCACGCCAGCGGCGGCGGCGCCCGCGGGACCGGCGCUGCCGCCGGCCGCGGGCGCCGCAGCGGCGUCGCCGGGCCGCGGGGUAGAGGGGCCGCCCGCGGCGCUUGGGCGGGUGGCCGCUGCAGGGAAUGAUGCGGCGGGGGGGCCGUGCCUUCCCCCGAUCGAGCCAUAG